GGCUAACUUAGGGGCUAGGGCUGAUCCCCGGCAAAAUCAAGGGUUUAUUUGUGCCUUCUCCACAGAAAUUUAUCCUCACCUUCUUAACAUCUGCGCCGACGAUGGAUUCGUAGUAUCUUCUCAAGUCUUUGCAGAUUCAAAUAACUCCCUCACUCACCUCGGAGCUUACCACCAUGUCGCGACCUGAAGACCUCCUUCCCCCGGACCUCUACUACAAUGACACCGAAUCCGCCAAAUACACCACCUCCUCCCGAAUCCAAGCCAUUCAAGCGUCCAUGACCAACCGCGCCCUCGAACUCCUCGAUCUCGAAGAACCCUCCCUCAUCCUCGACAUUGGCUGCGGUUCGGGUCUAUCAGGCGAAAUCCUCUCAGAAGAUGGACACAUCUGGGUCGGAAUGGACAUUUCACCCAGCAUGCUGGACAUUGCCCUACAGCGAGAGAGUGUCGAAGGCGACCUGUUUCUGGCGGACAUGGGCCAAGGAAUACCUUUUCGCGCCGGUGCCUUCGACGCCGCCAUAUCCAUCAGUGCGAUACAAUGGCUGUGUAACGCUGAAACAAGCGACGUGAGCCCCGAAGGUCGAUUACGACGAUUCUUCGACGGGCUGUACGCAAGUCUACGUCGAGGAGGCCGCGCGGUGUGUCAGUUCUACCCGAAGAACGAGCAACAGCGCACCAUGAUAAGUAAGGCUGCUGUGCGUGCGGGAUUUGGUGCGGGUAUUUUGGAGGACGACGGCGGCACCAAAAAUGUCAAGACGUAUCUCGUGUUGAGCGUGGGCGGAGGCGAUAUCACCGGCACAGUGUCACGGAUGGAGGGCGUGGACAUUGAAGAUGGCAGGAGGAUGCGGGAGGCAAUGCAACGGGGCAAGCACGGCAAAGAUGGUGUCAAAGGGUCUAAACAGUGGGUGAUGAAGAAGAAAGAGAAGAUGCGGAAUAAAGGCAAGAUCGUCAAGGAUGAUUCAAAGUACACGGGGCGAAGGAGAGGACCGAAGUUCUAAUGGAACAGAAGACGUUGGAAGGAUUUGCUUUACGAUGAAAUGAUACCACGACAAUUAGGGCUAGAAAGACGCUGCACAACAUGGAAUGCAUUUCGACACAGCGAGGGCCCUAGGCACCGUUGCACCACACUCAUGCUGCAGACUGGCUCUUU